AGCAGUGAGACAGAGUUACGUAUAAACGACUUCACUGCAGCCGGGGGUUGCUAUAUGGCUUUCCAAAGUUCCAUCUCUGAAAACGUUGACAUGUGACAGACUCGAGCUAAAGCGCGACAUUGCUUCUUUUCGUUUCUCAUUAUUGGACUUGGACCUACCCUCUGCGCUGUUGAUUCCCAGCGAACAGUCCUGACACGGAUCCAGCUCAGCGCAUGCCAUGACCUUACAGAGACUGCUGUAUUAGAUGGUCAUUCUAAUCAACGUUUUAUACAUCUGACUGCAUGUAUUAAUAUCCCUUUUUGUACAUUUGUGUGAAAAAAGUGUCUGCCCAAGGAGUGAUUUUUACGUAUCCUGGAGCCGUCAAAGCUGACGUCCCAUGAGCACAUAAAACUGGACCCGGACACUGAACCUGAGCGAGAUGCACUACACACAGCGACACUAGCAUUUGAUAACUUCACCUGCUACCGUCGACCAUUAAUUUUAACCAAGUGACCAGCAAGGCGUCAUCUAUAUCGCAGGUUGCGCUAUCAAAGCCCUUCGCACGUAGGGGUGUAGGAGACAGCGAUAUUCUGUUGUAUUGAAUUGUCCUGCCUAUUUCUGUCAUCCAUAAACUGCGACAGAGGAAAGAAAAGGCACACAAAUGUAAAGGAAAGAAGGCAUCUCUCCAGCUGAAGUGUACCUAGAACUGACAGAUCGUGCAGUCACCCCGCAUCGAAGAGGAAUACGUGCCGAACUUUGCUGUUGUGAUGUUGAAAGUGGAGAUGGUGCUAUUUGUCUUUCUGGUGCUAUGGAUGUGUGUAUUCAGCCAGGAGCCCAGCUCCAAGGUGGUGGCCGACCGGUAUGCCGUCUUCUGGAACCGAACCAACCCCAGGUUCCACCGUGGAGACUACCACAUUGACGUGUGUAUAAACGACUACCUGGACGUGUUCUGUCCCCACUAUGAAGACACGGUGCCGGAGGAGCGGACGGAGCGUUACGUCCUCUACAUGGUCAACUACGACGGCUACAGUACGUGUGACCACACCGCCAAGGGCUUCAAACGCUGGGAGUGUAACAGGCCUCACUCCCCCAAUGGACCACUCAAGUUCUCCGAGAAGUUCCAGCUCUUCACCCCCUUCUCUCUGGGCUUCGAGUUCAGACCGGGCAGAGAGUACUACUACAUCUCCUCCACCAUCGCCGAGAACGGACGAAGAACAUGCCUGAAACUCAAAGUCUUUGUCCGACCAUCAAACAGCUGUGUGAAAACUAUAGGUGUACAUGACCGUGUUUUUGACGUAAACGACAAAGUAGACAAUUCAUUAGAACCCCGAGAUGAUACAAGUCAUGAGUCUGCCGAACCGUCCAGGAGUGACGCCACAAGCGCAGCCUCACACCUGCGGAUAGCCAGUCCACUGCUGGCUGCACUGCUAAUCUGCUUAGCAACACUCUUCACCUUAUAGCGCCUCCAGCCCCCCUGUACUGGAGGGGAAUUACACCCUGUGCGGCCUGAAU